AUGGCCUCGACCGCGGCCGUCACGGGCCUCGAGACGCUUCUCGCUGGCGACUCGGAGUGGCGCAACAUCCAAACGAUCGUCAAGAGCACGUUCGAGACCGUCGCGCGCAUCCUAUCGAGCCACGCCGUCUUGCUCGAGACGCUGGACGCGCGUCUGGACCGUCUCGUCGAUGCCCACACGCCGUCCGCGAUUUCCCAGAUCGAGGUUGUGCAGCUUCAAAACGACGUGCGCAAGUGCCUCAAGCGCGCCGUGACGUCCAGCGACCUCGAGACGCGCGUCGCAGCGGCUGUCGAUCAAAUGAAGCGCCGCAUGGACCAUGCGGUGGGCCCGCUCCAGGAGGCCAACGCUUCGACCGCCAAGCUACUAAUGGACCGUGCACAAGACUCGUUUGUCACCAGAGCCGACCUCGACGCGGCAUCUAGCAGCGUGGCGCGUGCGGCCAAGGCGUCGGCGGCGGCAGCGAUCGCCGAAGCCGAGCAGCGGCUCGGGAAGCUCGUUGCACACCAGCAGCAAGCCGAGUCCAAAGACAGGGUGCGCAAGUCGCAGCUGCACGAACUGCUAGCGUUUAAAGCGACGAUCGAACCGGAAGUGCACGCACUUGCAAAGCGUCUUCCGGAGCUCGUGCACGCCCAGGCUGCGUGGCAGACUGAGGUGCAGAAAGAGUUCCAGCGGCAAAAGACCCAGCGCGACGACGCACUGACCAAAGUGAUCGCCGAGUGCCAGACCCACUUGCGGCAACGCGCGAUGGCGUCCGACGUCAAGCUCGUGCUUGCAGGCAAAGUCGACCGCUCUGAGCUCCACGAUGUGCGCCACGAGACGGCUCUGGAGAAGGAAGCGCUGGACGUGCGCCUGCACGAGCUCGACGAGACGCUCCAGCGCUCGAUCGGUCAGCUGAAAGUCGAAUUUGGCCAGAUUCUAGAGAAAAAGUGUUCCAAAUCGGAUGUCGUCAAGAUUUUUGCGCGCAAAGUCAACCAAGACGACGUCCACGCAUGGCUGGCGGCCAAGGUGAGCCACGACGAGCUGCGGGACGUGUGCACGGAGCUGCUCCACGCGACAACCAAACAAACCAACGACAUGCAAGGCGAGAUGCGCGACGAGCUCGAGAGUCUUCGGACCAAGGUCGAGACGCGCGCCAAAGAGCUCCACGAGCACAUUGCCGAGUCGAUUCAGACGCUGCAACACCAAGUGCGGCUCAUGGAUGGCUGGAAGCUCAGUGUCGACGAUCUCCACACGCAGCUCGUGACCAAGAUGGGCAUCAAGGACACGUGUACACUACUCGACACCAAGUGCAACAUCGCCGACGUCAACGACGCCCUCGCCUCGCUGCAAGAGACGCUGCAGUCCAAGGCCGACGAAAGCGACCUAAAGGCGCUUGGGGACGAUCUCAGCGGCCUUCGCCGGCAAAUGCGCGGGGAGCUAUGUCUCGGACGCUGGAUAUGGAAGCACGGACGACCAAGCGAGGUCCAGACGAUCCAGUGGAAUGUACAGAUUGUCAACACGAGCCCCGACAUUUUCGUGUGGGAGAAGGGCGCCGACGCCAUCACGCUCGAGCUGCCAGGCCUCUACAUGCUCCAAGCCGGCUUCUUCACCGACUACAACCCGACGAUCCACAUCGUCGUCAACGGAGAGCCCGCGCUCGUCGUACCAAGCUCCAAAAGCGACGGCCGGCGGCUGCGGCACUCGGCCGGCAACGUCACAGGCGUCUCAGUCUGCGAGUUCCUUGCCUUGCCACCCCGCGCCCGCCUCACAAUCAGCUAUGAUAUUGAUGAGCGAGCCCAGGCGUGCUUGACCCUUCGAAAAUUGUAA